AUGGGCACCGGAACUUUUGACGAACUCGCCUUCAGUAUCCUUGACUCCAAAGAUACGACGGUCAGCGGUUUGACUCUGAACUCCAAGGCUGGGGAUAACGUGGCCAAGAACACGGAUGGCUUCGAUUUGAGUCGCAAUCUCCGCCUCACCAUCUCCGGCUGCACCGUGUACAACCAGGACGACUGUCUUGCCAUGCAAUCCAGCAAUGACACCACAUUCACAGGCAACACUUGCAGUGGUGGGCACGGUAUCUCGAUCGGUUCUCUUGGUGGCGACUCAGUAUACAAGUCGGACAUUGUGAGUGGUCUGACAGUCAAAAACAACAGAAUCCUCGAUAGCAUCAACGGCAUUCAAAUCAAGACCAUCCUCGGUAAAAACGGCGCAGUCAUGGGCGCUUCGUACACUGGGAAUACGCUAGCAAAUGUCAAGAAUGCCAUCGUCAUCCAUUCGGACCAUAGCAAGGAAAAGGGAGGCUACACUGGUGACGCGUCAAGUCUCGUGGAGAUAACGGACAUUACGGUGUCGGGGCUAUCGGGCACUGCUGACAAAAUCUACGACAUCCAUGUCAAUCCGAAGGUCGUGUCGAGCUGGACCUUCUUGGGUAUUACGGUACAGGGAGACUCGGGUAGCUGCUGUGGAGAACCGAGUGCUGUCAAGUGCUGA